ACAGUAAAAGACGUAAUGUUGCCUGCACUGGGAAUUGGUCUUCUGGCUCUUUAUCACAGUGUAAUAACUGUGACUGCAUUGGUGGAUUCUGAUGAUGUCAUCACUCGGGAUGAACAGAUCUACGUGCUGAUUGGUGCACAUGCCAAUUGUGAAAAGAGCAUCAAAGCACAAAUGGCUCUUGUGCAAGAGGGUGAAUGUAUCCCUGAGUGGGAUGGGAUCAUCUGCUGGCCGAGAAGCAAGUCUGGUCAGCUAGUGUCAGUUCAGUGUCCUGAGUAUAUUUAUGAUUUUAACCACAGAGGUCGGGCCUACCGCCACUGUGAUGCAUCCGGUAAGUGGGAGCAGGUGUCCGUCAUCAACCGUACGUGGGCCAACUACAGCGAGUGCACCGCCUAUUUGUCGGCAAAUUACAGAAACCAGGAAGAGAAGGUGUUUGAAAGGCUCCACCUCAUGUACACGGUUGGCUACUCCAUCUCUCUGGCAUCCCUGCUGGUGGCUGUCUCCAUCCUCUGCUACUUCAAGCGUCUCCACUGCACCCGCAACUACAUCCACGUCCACCUAUUCACGUCCUUCAUAUGCAGAGCAGUCAGCAUCUUUGUGAAGGACGCGGCCCUCUACUCAGUGACAGCCGAUAGUGAAGCAGAACCCGAGCUUGCAGGACACAAGCAGCCAAUGGCCGGCUGCAAAGUAGCCGUCACACUCUUCCUCUACUUCCUGGCCACCAACCAUUACUGGAUCCUGGUGGAGGGCUUGUACCUACACAGCCUCAUCUUCAUGGCCUUUCUGUCGGAUAAGAACUACCUGUGGGCCCUCACUGUCAUUGGGUGGGGUGUUCCGGCUUUAUUUGUGUCCGUUUGGGUCAGUGUGCGUGCAUCACUGGCGGAUACACAAUGUUGGGACAUCAGUGCUGGGAACCUGAAGUGGAUUUAUCAAGUCCCCAUUCUGGCGGCCAUUGUUGUGAAUUUCCUUCUCUUUGUCAACAUUAUACGCGUUCUCGCCUCCAAACUGUGGGAGACCAACACUGGCAAACUGGAUCCUCGGCAGCAAUACAGGAAGCUCCUCAAGUCAACGCUGGUGCUCAUGCCCUUAUUUGGAGUCCAUUACAUGGUCUUCAUGGCUCUUCCUUACACUGAAGUGUCUGGGCUGCUGUGGCAGGUUCAGAUGCACUACGAGAUGUUUUUCAAUUCAUCACAGGGCUUCUUUGUGGCUUUUAUCUACUGUUUCUGCAACGGCGAGGUGCAAGCGGAGGUAAAGAAGGCGUGGCUAAGACGAAGCUUAGCAUUGGACCUCAAACAAAAAGCAAGGAUAACCAGCAGCAAUGGCGGAGGGAGUUGUUAUUACGGCGGCAUGAUGUCUCACACCACCACCCACAGCGUCUGCAUGUCCGCCGCACAUCCCAGAGCGUUUCCCCUCAACGGCGGUGCCGGCGCGGUGUCCAGACUACCGCGCCACGCCCCCCUCUACGCACAGAGUAGUCUGCCCGGAUACACGCUCAGCUAUUGUGAGACAUCGGGUCUCCAGCAGGAGAUGGCAGCAAGGGGGCAAGGAGGAGGGCACGAAUCUGGAGGGGUCUUUGCAAGGCAUGCGAGAGGUGGUAAAAAACACGAGGAGAAUAAAUGCUGUGGAGUUCCAACAGAGAUUCCAGCAGAAGGUGAUGCCGAUAGCACCUUUUCCGUUAAAGAGCUGGAGACCGCCCUGUAA